GUGGCCAAGAGACAUGAUGACAAAGGAAGGUGAAGGGAGAGAGGUCCGCCCCUCCCACCGCAGGGGAAGCAGCCAAUCACGUCCUUCCUCACCUCUCUGAUGGACGCGCGCAACAUCCUCGGCACGGAAGGCCCCUCAGGGCGCGCACGAAGCCCCCAGUGAAGCUACCGGGAGCCCCUGGGCGCCGCCAUUUUGAAGAGCGCGUCCUAAGAUCGGCGUCGCUGAUUGGCUGAAACGUUUCCGGGGGAAUGAUCCCGCGUUGCCAUUGGCCCUGAGUCCUCUUCAAGGAAAAAAAGGGAGAAGAUAAAUAUUUAACUGAUCAAUACUUCCCAUAUUUUUAAAUCGGUAAAAAUAAAUGUUUUGAGGGACAUUCAGUUGAGGAAAAAGAAGAAGCAAAGCUAAAAGUGUUCCCUCUUCAGGGAUCAUGAAACUGACUUGAGGGAAAAGGUGUGUUUGAAUUCACUGACCUUUGAAGAGCGGGUGGUGAAAGCAGUUUAAUAUCUCUCUUCAUAAUCAUGGCGACCAUGUUGCCCAAAGGACACACAAUGUGCAGGAAAGUGUUCGGUCUCUUCAUCGGAAGGCCUGGUUUUCACGUCGUUCGCCCUGGAAGAGGAAAAGGCUUAAACCAGCCGCUGCCACCUCUGUGCAGAAGCCUCCACCUCUCCUGCCAGAGACAAACAACGAUGCCGUCGUGGGUGAUCGACCGUUACGGGAAAAACGAUGUCCUACGGUUCACCGACAACAUGAUGUUUCCUAUAAUACACUUCCCAAAUGAAGUUAUUAUUAAAGUCCAUGCUGCAAGUUUAAAUCCUAUAGAUCUUAGCAUGAGAAAUGGUUAUGGAGCUGCUGCUCUAAGACUGAAGCGAGAUCCACUGAGGAUCAAAACUACAGGCAGUGAAUUUCCUCUGACACUCGGCCGGGAUGUUUCUGGGGUUGUGAUGGAAUGUGGAUUGGAUGUAUCCUAUUUCAAACCUGGAGAUGAGGUCUGGGCAGCAAUCCCACCCUGGAAGCAAGGCACUUUAUCAGAGUUUGUUGUAGCAAGUGGAAAUGAGGUUUCUAGAAAACCAAGAUGUCUCAGUCAUAUUCAAGCUGCUUCCUUACCUUAUGUUGGUUUAACAGCAUGGUCUGCAAUGAACCAGAUUGGGGGGCUAAAUAAGGAUAAUUGUAGCAGUAAAAGAGUAUUGAUCUUUGGUGCAUCUGGUGGAGUAGGAACUUUUGCUAUACAGUUAGGAAAAGCCUGGGGUGCUCAUGUGACAGCAGUUUGUUCUGAGGAUGCUAGUAAAUUGGUGAAACGCCUUGGAGCUGAUGAAGUGGUUGAUUAUAAAUCUGGAAGUAUGGAAGAGCAAUUGAAAACACUACCAUUGUUUGAUUUCAUCCUAGAUAAUAUUGGUGGAUCCACUGAAAAAUGGGCACCUGAUCUCCUUAAGAAAUGGUCAGGGGCCACAUAUGUCUCAUUGGUAACACCCUUCCUAGUGAAUGUGGACAGGCUUGGGGUGGCUGAUGGCAUGCUGCAGACUGGAGUGACCAUUGGCGCAAAAGCUGUUAAGCAUCUUUGUAAAGGGAUCCAUUACCGGUGGGCAUUUUUCACACCAAGUGGUCCUUAUCUGGAUGAAAUUGCCGAUCUUGUUGAUUCAGGAAAGAUACAUCCAGUUAUUGAUCAAGUUUUCUCAUUUGCUGAUGUUCCCAAGGCCUUCUGGAAGAUGGAAGAAGGGCAUGCACGUGGAAAAACAGUGAUCAGUUUGACUAAUAAAAAAUAAUUACAUUUAUAUUCUGA